GUUGUAGGUUUGUUAUUUAAGCCUCCCCCGGGGUGUGACCCCCGCUGCUCACCCAUCCAUUCAGCCCGCUCCUCCUCCUCCUUCAGUCCGCCUCUGUGCGCCGCCGCAUCGCCCGCUCUCCUCGCCUCCUCCUCGGCUCUCUUCACUGAGGAACACCGCUGGUCUGUGGAGCAUCAAGUGGGGGAGAAACAUGAGUCCCAGGUCCCGGAGCUGGUCGUGGUUCUGGUCGUGGCUCCUGAGCCUGGCGGUUCUGAGCCGGGCUCUGGAGCUGCAGGAGCUGUUCGAGUUCGGAGAGGAAGCCGGAGACCUGCAGCUGCUGCCCGGCUCCGACACCUCCGCCGCGCUGCCUCUCAACGGGUCCCUGUUCCUGUUCGGAGAAACCUUCGACAGAGUUCAUAUUAACACUAAUGGAUUUGUGGCUGUUGUCGAGCCUCCCGGUGAGAGGGAGUACCUGGGGAAGAUGCCUGCUGGUUUCAGAAUGAUCGCAGCCUUGCUGGGAGACCUGGACAACAGUGACGGACGAGGGAAGGUCUUCUUCAGGCAGGAGAGCAGCCCAGAUGUUCUGAGGCGAGCCCAUGAGCAUAUCAAGAAAGCUUUCCCCAGAGACGACAGCGUGGAGCCUCCCAGCGUCCUCAUCAUCACCUGGGCAAACAUGGCUGCCCAGGGGACAUCUGGACGAGGGGACGGACUGGACGCUAAGAGAAACACCUUCCAGCUGGUUUUGGCCUCCACAGACUUGUCCUCCUACGCCAUCCUCUUGUACCCCAGAGGUGGCCUGCAGUUCCUGUCCACAUCAGUAGAUGGUGAGAGCAAGCUCCUUGAGGCUGGCUUCAACGAAGGCCUGGUGAAGGGCUGGUUCCGGACCACACAGGGGACGUACUUCAGAAUCACCACAGAUGAAGAGACCUCCAUUAAGGAACUCACAGAAAAGACAAACUCUGGACAAAGAGGAGUUUGGGUGUAUGAGAUCGGUACCUCAUGGUUGUUUGCCGGCAUCACACCAGGAAUGGUCUCUAGCCUUCCUGAGGAGGAGAGUACCACCGAACCUCCUGUCACCAUGUUGCCAACACAAACUGAGGACUACCAGUAUGUUGACUUCUCAACCUAUGAAACUCAGACCACGAUGACGACAGAAACAACAACAGAAGAGUUUCCAACUGAGACUCAGACUGAGUACCAAACAGAAGCUCAGACUGUCACACCAGGGUACACCGGACCAGAGACCGAAGAGCCGGAAUAUGAAGAACCAGGCCAGUACCCUGAAUCUGAGACUGUCACACCAACAUACUCCAGCCCUGAAAGGGUUCAACCAAGAUACCUGGACCAACCUGAGCCAAGAUACCCUGAAGAAACUGCAACCAGGUACCCUAUCUCAGAGCCUCCGCAACCAAGGUACACUGUUCCUGAACUCACUGAACCAAGAUACUCUCCAGUCCAGCCAAGCUACCCUGAUUCGGUCCAACCACGAUACACCAACCCUGACCCGGUCCAACCUGUGCCACCCUAUUCUCAGCCCCAGCACCCCCAGAUUGUUGUGGUGGAUGAAGACGAGGAUCUGAAUGUGAAUGUAUUUGCGUACAAUUUGGAGACGUGUGCCCACAACAGGCACAAAUGCUCGGCUUUUGCAGACUGUCGGGAUUACAGCAACGGGUACUGCUGCCACUGUAGGCCUGGUUUCUAUGGUAACGGGAAAGAUUGUGUUGCAGAAGGCAAACCUCAGAGGAUGAAUGGAAAGGUGAACGGUCGAGUGUUCGUAGGGAACUCGCCUUCACCCAUAGAGCUCAGUAACAACGACUUGCACUCGUACGUGGUGGCCAAUGAUGGACGAGCCUACGUGGCCAUCAGCAACAUUCCCAACAGCGUGGGCCCCUCUCUGCAACCACUGUCGUCCCUGGGAGGAGUCAUCGGCUGGGCCUUCGCCCUGGAGCAGCCCGGCUACCAGAACGGCUUCAGUCUAAUUGGUGGCGUGUUUUCCCGGCAGGCCGAGGUGAUCUUCCAGCCUGGAAAUGAGCGUCUGAGCAUCAAGCAGGAGUUUAAAGGAAUUGAUGAACACGACCACCUGGUGGUGAGCACAGAGCUGGACGGACGUCUGCCUGCCAUCCCGCUGGGAUCCUCGGUCCAGAUCAACCCGUACAAAGAGAUCUACCAGUAUGACAGAAAUUUGAUCACUUCCUCCUCCAACCGUGACUACACCAUCACCUCCCCUGACGGCACUGUCCAGACCAGAAGCUACCAGUGGCGUCAGACCAUCACCUUCCAAAGCUGCCCACACAACGAAGCCACCGGGGUGGCACCUUCCACCCAGCAGCUCAGCGUGGACCAGAUCUUCGUGAUGUUUGAUGCCGACAACCAUCUGAUCCGCUACGCCAUGAGCAACAAGAUCGGCUCCGUCCACAGCAUUCUUCCAGAGCAGAAUCCAUGUUUUACUGGCCGACACGGCUGUGACAUCAACGCCAUGUGCAGACCAGGUGAAGGCCUCCAGUUCACCUGUGAAUGUGCUGCUGGUUUCACUGGAGAUGGACGCUACUGCCACGAUAUUGACGAAUGCAGGGAGAAUCCUCGGGUCUGUGGAUCCAACGCCGUCUGCACUAAUCUGCCUGGCACUUUCCGCUGUGAGUGUCUGAACGGCUUCGUGUUCGCCAGCGAUGGAAGGACCUGCAUUGAGGAGAACCGUCCGGUGGAUCACUGUCAGAGAGGAAGUCACGACUGCGACGCUCCUGAGAGAGCUCUAUGCAGCUACACCGGAGGCUCAGCCUACGUCUGCUCCUGCCUGCCGGGCUACGAGGGUGACGGCCGGGUGUGUCGGGACAUAGACGAGUGUCAGCAGGAUCGAUGCCACCGUGACGCCUUCUGCUCCAACACUCAGGGCUCCUACACCUGCCAGUGCCGCCCUGGUUUCAAUGGCGACGGAUUCCAGUGCAGCCCUUCAUCCUCAGAGCGGGAGAAGACUCAGUGUGAGCGUCAGAGAGAGAGUGCCCAGGCCUCUGGCUCCGGCUCCGGCUUCUUCUCCUUCUUCCGUCCUAGGCCGGCCGUUGGUCAGUAUGUCCCGCAGUGUGAUGAACAUGGAGCCUACGAGCCCACGCAGUGUCACGCCAGCAUCGGACAGUGCUGGUGUGUGGACGCCAACGGCCAGGAGAUACCCAACACCCGCACAGGAUCAGGCAACACUCCUCUCUGUAUAAACCAGGUGGUGACUCCUCCUCCUGUGGGCCCGACCCCGCGGCCUGACGUUCACCCCGUCACUCCGGGAACACACCUGCUGUUUGCUCAGAGCGGGAAAAUCGAACACGUUCCUCUGGACGGAUAUAAAAUGAAGAAGGAGGAGGCCAAACCUCUGCUGCACAUCCCUGACCGGGUGGUGAUCGCUGUGGCCUACGACUGUGUGGAGAAGAUGGUUUACUGGACAGAUAUCACCGGGCCGGCGAUCAGCAAGGCCAGUCUGAGCGGAGGAGACAUCAUCCCAGUAGUCACUAAAGAGCUGCAGAGUCCUGAAGGCAUCGCCAUCGAUCAUGUGUCCCGUCUCCUCUUUUGGACUGACUCUAUGCGAGACACCAUAGAGGUCUCUAAGCUGGACGGCAGCCAGCGCCGAGUCCUGUUUGACACCGACCUGGUCAACCCUCGACCCAUAGUCACCAACCCAGCAUACGGGCGGCUGUUCUGGGCAGACUGGAACAGAGACGGACCUAAAAUCGAGAUGUCCAACAUGGACGGCACAGAGCGUACCGUCCUUGUGAAAGACGACCUGGGCCUUCCCAACGGUCUGACCUUUGACCCCGACAACCAGCAGCUGUGUUGGGCCGAUGCAGGAACUCGUAAAGUGGAGUGUAUGGAUCCUCACCGGCAGUUGAGGAGGCAGAUUGUUGAUGGGAUCCAGUAUCCCUUCAGUCUCGUCUCAUUUGGAAAGAACCUCUACUACACCGACUGGAGGAGGGAGGCGGUGGUCGCUGUGGACCGUCUCUCAGAAAAAGAGAUGGAGGAGUUUCUGCCACAGAAACGCUCUCGACUGUACGGCAUCACCACAACACCCUCACAGUGUCCACAAGCUUAUAACUACUGCUCCAACAACGGCGGCUGCUCUCACCUGUGUCUGCCGCGGCUCGGCGGGUUCACCUGCCGCUGCCCGGACGCCGCCGACGGUCGAUGUGAGGAGAGGAACCUGUGAGUCCACAGAGCGACGAGAACACUGCCGCUGCUGGGAGAGAAAAAAACUAAACACACUUAAAUGAAUUUUGGUGUUUUCUACUUUUCUUACUUGAACAUUUCUACAAUCAUUUUAGACUUGAGUUUUAUGUGUCUUUGGCCCUUGAAAGCUGUUGAGACCUCACUGUAUUUAUGAUGUCACACUUCAGGUGAGAUAAUUAUCUUACUUCCUGUUACUGUUAUAAUCUUUUUGUGAAGUAUGUGUUUGUAAUUUGACUCCUAGUCGAAGAGUUUUAUUUCAAAAUGAGAAAAAAAUAACUAAAUCUGACACAAAUACAGGGAUUUUUUAAAAGACAGCAGGAAACCAAAAAAACUUUUCUGAAUAACGAUCUUCAGGUUGUGUUUAUAGUAUUUUUUAAAGUAAAAUGUUAUUGAUUUCUCACAGAUUUGGUCUGAAAGAUAAGUGCGAGAAACAAUCAGAAAUAAUUCUAGUUAUCUAGUGCGGUUUCAGAUAAAUACAACUUAAAUUCAUACAUUUGUUGUGCACAGUUAAAAGUGAAGAAUCUCACCCAGAAUUUCUGACCCAUUGCGUCUUAUUGACAGUUUUGAAUUCUUGAAUUUCACCUAACAAACACUGCUUGAAGUCAGUGGUUUUGUUUUUCAAGAAGUUGUUUUACGAGAAGUUGGGCAGCCAGAGUACAUAUCUGAGCAAAGGCUGAAUCAGAUCUGCUUCUAAAUAUGCACUGUGAUAAAGAACGAUCACUGAGUGGCCGGCUGCAGAUUUGUCUGAGUAACUUGUGAAAAUUUUGAAGUUAGACCUAUUGUUUGUUGACACGUCUUCAAACCUCAAGGCGGUCUGUGCAGAUCUGAGUGGCUGAGAGAUCUGAUUGGUUAUAUGUUGACCAUCAAACCUUUAUUAAUUUUCAACAUAGUGGCAUGCUACCUUUUAUUGUCAGAAGGGUUGUUUGACAGAGAAAUCCUGUUUUAAAAAAACUGUAAUUACAAAUAAAACCACAGGUAUUUUCUUCUUGAUGAGCUAAAUUAACAGUAAAACUUGUUUAAUGAAGCUGAAUAAAGCUUUUCAUCGGUAAAUAAAACUUUACCAAUCUUAAAUUAUUCUAUAUUUUAGCAAUCUGAUAUGAUAAAAUUAGAGUAGUUUUUUUCCCCUCCCCAAAACUGACAUGUAAUCUCAGCAUUUUGGAUGUGAACUCUGCAGCUGAACCACUAAUGGCACCACUAUGAACCAGUGACAGAUCCUGGGUUGGUGUAAGAGUUUAGUAAGGGCUAAAAACCUUUGUAUUACUUACAAGAUUUAUUCUAUUGUUUGUGCUAAAACUUACAGUGUAUUUUUUAUAUGAACUUGUAAAUAAUUACCUGAUAAGCAGACGAUAUUCUCUGAUUUUUUUUAUUGGUGCUGAUGUUGGCCUGAGAUCUACCUGAUGAUGAUGAUGAUGGCAGUUGUGAAGGUGUGUGCAGGAUGUGUCUUGAUACCAAGUUUGUUAGGUUGUAGCUUCACUGUAGACGUCUCAUGUAAACAUCACAAGCGUUUACAGAUUAAACCAUUAAUUAAUUGAAAAUAUAAUCGUGAGCUCAUCAUUGGGCUCGGUGGGUUGUAGGUGAAGUGAAGAGCAGGUUAGUGUGAAGUUGGCUUUGGGAAACUCAGCUCAGGUUUUUUUGUUGUUGUUGUUGGAAAACCCAUCAGGGAAGAUCGGCCCAGCAGGACUGCACAACAGCGACACAUCACUGAUGUUGAUUUUUACACUUUUUUAAAAUUACUGGUUCAGAAGUGUCAGACAAAAUGUUGAGCCUUUCAUGUAAAUUCUUCACAUUUUUUUUAAACAUUCUUUACAGUGAAGAAAGAACGUGUCCUCAUGUCCUGCAGAGGCAGUCAUUAGUUUCAAUAAACACCAUGGUUUGUCAGUGUUGUGCAGCCCUGCUGACUGGUUUCAUGUGCAUCAUGUCUGGUCUGUGACAUGAAGUACUGUCUGUCUGUACUGACCAUCAGCCAAAGAGGGAACAUUAACAGCCUGUACAGCCUCAAUAAAAACGUUUUUUUAAAAACA